CGCGUUCCCGGGAUUUUUUUUUCCCUUUUCUUUUUUCUUGUGUCUCGUCCUCUUGAAGAGCGGAGCGCGUGCGUGUGUGCGCUCAGGACUUGCCUUGUCAUUGCACCCGGAGAGAGACGCGUGGUCAGCGGCGCCACAGACACCCACAGCUCCGGUACAUGGUGUAGAAAAGGAAACUGAGCUAGACAUGGAUACUGAAAGGAGCUGUGAGGUUUUGGAUGCAUCUCCACAGCAAGAGGAGGUUGUAAUGGAAAAAGAGGCUGUGUCAAAACUAGAGGCACCAGAAGAAUCCACAGAGCCUGAGAAGCCGCCAGCUGCUGCGGAAGAGACCGAGCAGCUGGCAGUAAAUGGUCACGGUACAGAAGUCCUAAACCUAAAACAAACAGAGGAGCUGAUUGUGACAGAACCUGUGACGCUGUCCGAGCAGAAGGCAAAUGGUGACAGCUCACCCAAAGACGCAUCUGACCCGGAGUCAGUGCCCGUUGUAGAGGCUUCACCAGAACCAGACGAGUCAUCUGGAAAGAUCUCUAACCCAGUUGCAGCUUUAGACGCAGAACCAGAAAACGUAGAGCCUGAACAGGAGACUGUGCCAGAGAAUGACCCAGAGCUGGUGCCUGUGCAAGCAACUCUGGCAGAGAGUGUCCCUGUGCCAGAGCCAGCGGAAUUGACCAAAUCUGAACCAGAAGUUGAGCUAGAAGAGCAAACAUUACCUGAACCAGUCGCGCUGCCGGAGCCAGUAGAUGCACCACCAGCCGCUGAAGAACAGAACCUGCCGGAGCAAGUUGAGACCAAAGCAGAACUGAAGGCAAUGGAUGCAGAGGCACAAAUGGCCGAAGAGGGGAAAGCAGAAAACAAUGCUGUGGCUGAGCCUCUAAAUGAGGUGCAAGAAGAAAGACCAGUGGUCACAGAAAAGGCAGUGGAGAUGGUUUCAGUGACAGAAGUUGCCUCAGAAAAGCCAACAUUGAAGGAGGAAGAUUCAGCUGUAGUUGGAAAUGAAAAAUCAGCAGAGGACAAGAAGGAAGCUGAACCUGAAAAACCUGCAGAGGACAAGAAGGAAGCUGAACCUGAAAAACCUGCAGAGGACAAGAAGGAAGCUGAACCUGAAAAACCUGCAGAGGACAAGAAGGAAGCUGAACCUGAAAAAUCUGAGUCUUCUCCUCUGAAGGAAGUAGCAGUAGUAGCAGCAGCAGCAGCAGAAGUUGUUGCAUCUGAGCAGAAUAAAUCUGAGCUUGUAAAGGAAGAAGAUCCUGUCCCUGCAUCUGGCUCCCUGUCCUUUGCCCUCCUGGAACAAGAGCCAACCAAAGACGCCCUCCGCACCUCUCGCACCUUAAUCGUCCUCCGGGGACUGCCAGGGAGUGGGAAAAGCUUCUUGGCACGUGCCAUAGCUGAUGCCUACAAAGGCCACUGCUCUGUCAUCUGUGCUGACGACCACGGUGUAAAGCCAGAGAAUACAGAAUCCUAUGCAGAGGGAUACAAGGCUCUGGACGAGGCUGUGGUGAGCUGUUGCAGUGCAGGAACAAGUUCCUCUGUGCUCAUAGUGGUGGACGACACCAACCACAGCCAGGACCGGCUGGCCCGCAUGGGGGAGAUUGCCGAGGAACAUCAUCUUGUGGCCAUCUUCUUGGAACCGCAAACAGCAUGGAGCUGCGAUCUAGCACAGCUGACGACGAAGAGCAGCCGAGGACUGGAGGAGGCCCAGUUGGAUGCCAUGAAGGGUCCACUGGAGGAGAUGUCCAUCCCUCUUUUCUUUGGCUUCUUCCUUCUCUCGUCCCUCCAGGACAAGAUUCGAUGCACAUCCAUGGAUUUCCUUAAAACACUGGACACCUUGGAGCCCUUCAAGACGCACAUGACAGACUUCACUGGUAAACCUGAUAAAGAGGUGGAUCUGGAGCAGUACUUUAAAGCCACGGGAACCCUCCACUGCACUACCAAGUACUGCAACUAUGGGAAAGCUGAGGGCGCCAAAGAGUAUGCCCAGAAGCAAGCUGUUAAAGAUUUGUAUGGUUCCACCUUCGAGCUGGCACUGGGCGCUCUCUUUGUCACUCCUCGCACCGUCGGGGCUAGAGUGUCCCUCACCGAGGAGCAGCUCCUGCUGUGGCCGGAUGAUGCCGAAAAGGAGGCAGAGUCUUCUGUCCCCGCAGCUGCCUCCCUGCCCCUGGGAAGCCGCGCCCAUAUCACUCUAGGGUGCGCCGAGGGCGUUGAGCCGGUUCAAACGGGCCUGGAUCUGCUAGACAUCCUGGCCCUACAGCAGGAGGGCCAGAAGGCGGAGCUGGUCGUGGAGAUGGAGCUGGGCUCGCUGACCUAUUACGGUGAGGGAAGGUGGCUGCUUCUCCUCAGGGAGCCCAUCUGUGCCCUGGCCUGCUUCUCCAGCUACUACAAGCGCAAGGAGCUGGAGUCGCCCAAAAAAGAAGCAGAGAAGAAAAAGAAGCAGAAGUGCACUAUACUGUAAAUGGCAAAACACAAGCAUGUGUGGCUGGGAUGACUGGUGAAUUAAAACGUAGGCGUUCUCUGUGCGAGCUUUGUGUGUUUGUGCAGGGUAUAGGGAUUCAGUAAUAGCCACCCUAAAAUCCACGAGCUGUGUGCCUUUACUGUUGAUUUGCACCACAACCCGAGAUGCCUUCAGUUUGGUUUGGCUUGUUGUCAAUGAUCAGUGUCUUGUCUCACACAUCAAAGUUGCAGGACCUGUCGAUUUUGCUGAGAUGUCAUUUGCUGCAGUUUUAGCUAGUAUAGCGUCCUCACUCAGACCCACAGUAACCUGAAACUCUAGAUUUCCUCUUCUAUACAUGUUGGUGUUUCUCAGUAUUCAGAUGUAAAAGUUAAUUAGGCACUUUGCAUGCAUCCCGGUAACCGUAGCAACAUAUUAACACAUUUCCGAAAAGAAGUAGCUCUGCCUCUCCAACAGAAUUGUCUGGUGUUUCCUUUGGCUUGGUUGACAGUUUUCAAAAAAGCAGUUUAUAAUUUAAUGCAAGUGUGCAUGUGUGCGCAGCCUAGGAAGUAAUUGUUAUGCAUUAGAUUGAAUGUAACUUAUAGAGGAUCUUCCAUGUAAAAUCUUUGCACUGUCUAUAGUUUAAAAGGGAGUAUGUAGAUAGGUUUGGCAUCUGUCUCUGCAGCUUGUUCUUAGCACUUAUCAAACGCUGUGAAAUCAAAUCCAUGUUUUGCAAUCUUUUCUACUGCGCAAGACUGUGCCAUUGAUCCCGUUUAUCCUCUUUGAACUGCAUCAUGUAUUGCAUUCAACCUGUGUCCCCCUGUGAAGGUAAUUUUUGAAGGGCAACGCCUACUCUGUAGCUCUUAUGAAUCACUAUUUUUGCACUUGUUUUGUAAACUUAAUAAAAAAAGAACUUGCUUUGCUCCGA